UCAGUCUCGUAGUGAACCGUCUGGCGCGACGCAGUGCAAAAUGAGCCUCUACCAUUAAUGUUUCAAAACAAGUUUAUACUAACAUGUGGGUAGAUGUGAGUGGGCGCGAAAAGCACAACUACAUGACGCAGACAAAUGGAUGUUUUAUACCGGGAUACACUGGUCACUGUCCCAUGUUGAAGUUUCGUUACGGGAAAUGCUACGGUGAUAACACGCGACAAAUUCUACGUGAAAUCCGAACCAAAGGACUUUUCAAUAAACCAUUCCAAUACCGCACCGGCGACCAUUACGAGUUGAACCAAUUACCGCGACACGACGCUCCGCAACGAGAUACCUACGACGGAAUAGGAAACCGUCAAACCUCACACGUGACUGGAUACACUGGAUACGUACCCGGAAUGAAUUUUACUUACGGCAAGUCAUAUGGACGAACAGCGGACGAUUGCAUGGAAAAUUUCGUGGACAACCAACGUGAAUUACGUCGUAAAUCUGAUUUGAACAGAAGCUAUAUUAGAUCGAGAAGUGCACCGAAAAUGGAAACUGUACAUUCUAGGGACGAAAUACGGAGGGAUCUCAGUAGAUUCCGGGAGAUUAAUAAAUAUAAAGAAAACACAAUAUCGCCCGAGUUUCCACCAAUAGCUGGCUACACGGGCCAUAUACCACGCAUCAAGGGAUCGGAAGCAUCGUUGAGCCAAAGAUACCAUUGCGCUGCCAAACGGGGCCUUGAACUUAUUAGACAGGAACGAGACACAAGAAAGGAACUCAUAAACGCCGACACGAAAAUUAGAACUAUACUCAAAGAUCAUGAUGAUAAAAAAUAUUCAUACUGGAACUGGGGAUAGCAUACGGGAAGAAGAAUGUUCUUUACGAAACGUAGGUGAACGUUCUUCUGUGACCAAACUUUUAAAACAUCCCGACUUCGAACCAUUCCUCGUAAUUAAAAUCAAUUAUUUAAUGUAGCCCGAAGUUUGAAUUUAAAACACAUGGAAAAUUAAACCUUACAACAAUCACGAUACGGUCUAUUACAAAUUUUAAUGAGCGAAAUAUAGAUUAUCAUUGCCACGGCAUUUUGUUGUUCCUGCGAUUGUAUUAGUGUGGAAUGCUUAACGACGACAAGAUCUUCCACCAAGCGAGUGAUAUUUUUUUUUCCUACCUAAGCUGAUAGCCUUGAGAGGCUACUUCAGCGGAACCUUAACUAGUAGGUGAGCUCACGGGGC